AUGGCUGCCGAUCACAGACAGGUGAGCACAGAAACUAAAGGUCGGGAGGAAGAUAAGAUGGCGACCUCUGUCGGUGUUCACAAUAAGAUGGCCGAGACUCACUCACUGCAGUAUUACUUCAUGGUUUCCACUUCAAGUCAGCAUAUCCCAGAGUUCAUUGCUGUUGGCAUGGUGGAUGAACAGCAGUUUCAGUACUAUGACAGCAACAACAGAAAUCUAACCCUGAAGAUGGAGUGGGUAAAGAAAGAAGAAUGUUCAGACUACCGGAAGAAGCAAAAUCUUGAGAUGAACGAUACACAGCAACACCUCAACACCAUCCUGACUUUCAACAACUCUACAGGAAUUCACACACUGCAGAGGAGAUACGGCUGUAAGAUCUUAGAUGACAACACCACUGAAGAAUAUGAGAAGUACAUUUAUGAUGGAGAAGAUUUCAUUAGUCUGGAUCUGAAAACUGAAACCUGGACUCCAGCUAAUGAUUGUGCUAACACUAUUAUGAUCAAACUCAAGUUUAGAGAGAAUAUUGGGUCCCGAAUGUCCUACCUGAAGAACGUCUGUAUCGACAGGCUGAAGGAGUUUUCAUCUUAUGCCAAAUCAACUCUGGAAAGGAAAGAUCGUCCUGAAGCCUCCGUGUUCCACAAGCACUUCCCUCGACCAGAGCUGGUGUGUCACGCUACAGGUUUCUUCUCCAAAGAAAUAAAUAUCACCUGGCUGAAGGAUGGAAAGAAAAUGGAUGUGGUCCCCAAUGACACGUUACCCAACCAGGAUGGAACCUUCCAGAAGAGAGCCGUUCUGAGAGUCUCACCUGAGGAGCUGAAGGAACAUGAAUACACCUGUGUGGUUCAGCACAGCAGCCUGGAGAAGGACUUAGUGCUUAAAGCUCCAGGUUCUGUAGAUGUAGAUGUAGGUAGAGGAUCUCUUGGUAUCAUCGUUGGUGCAGUCGUGGCUGUUCUUGCUCUUAUUGCUGGAGUUCUGAUCUGGAUGAAGAAGAAGAAGGCUGGAUUCAGUUCUGUUCCACUUAAAGCAACCAGCCAACCAGUGUGAGGACGUUUGGAAGAGAAAAUGAUGAGAG